GAGAAAAUAUUUCUCAACAUUUUGGAUAACAAAUUGUUCCCUCAGCAAGUCGAAAUUUUUACAAUCAAAUCAAUUUAUGUUAUAUCUAAACAACAAUAUAAUUUUAACGCAUUCGUCAAUUUUAUCGGGAAAUAUUCCAAGAGAGGUCAAAAUGUGCAAGUGAUUUAAAUAAAAAAUAUUCCGUGGGUAUUUAAAGUUACUCUCAAGGUACGAGGAAGGAGUUCUGUGGUUGUAGCAAUAAGUGAUCAUUAACCAUGAGGGCCUACGCAAGUCUGCUUCUGUGUUUCCUACUAGUUGAAUUAGUAACUUCAGAGAUAACCUUCAUAGAGGGUAAGUUUAGACGAGGUCCUGUAUUCAAACAUCACAGAAGUCAUAAGAAGCAUAUAGUAAAAUCUAGUGGCUCUACGUUGAGGCUCAGUUGUGACGCUUCUGGAACUCCAACACCUAAUAUAACUUGGUACAAAGAUGGUUUAUCCCCACUCCCACGUAGACUUACACCAAUAAAAACUUACAAAUGGACUUUGGUAUUAGAAGAUAUGGAGAAAGAAGACGCAGGAAAGUACACUUGCAAAGUUUGUAAUGAAGUAGGUUGUAAAGACUUACAAUUCGACGUAGAAGUAAAUGAGCGUGAACAAAACAAACCACGUCUCGUUAAAGAGCUUCACAAUAUGACCGUUGAAAUCGGAGACAGAGUUCAACUCAAAUGUGAGUUUGAUUCAGAAACCAAACCUUUCAUAAUGUGGAUGAAGACGUCAGAUAGCCACUGUACUUUCGGAGAAAAAGAAGAAUGCGAUAACGUCGAUAUGCUACAGAAAUCUUACGAUGGUAGAAAGAACCCCGAGGUUUACGAAAUCUCAAGAGUCCGCCGACACGAUGAAGGAUGGUAUGCUUGUAUUGGAUCCAACACUCUGGGUGCUACUGUUUCGAAGGCCUACUUGAAAGUUACUUCAUAAGAAGAAAUGGAAAUGCAGUCAAACUUUUGUAGGAAUCGAUAUGUGAACCUAAAUACACAACCAAAAAAUGA